CCCGACCAUUUCCUGAAACAGAGCCGUUGUUUCAGGAAAACACCCCUGCAGCUGAAGCCGCAGCGUGUGCUCGCUGGGUUGGGGAUCUGGGAGGGCGGCGGCGCGGCCGGGGCGAACCUACCGCCGUGACGACGACUUCGUCUUCGGGAGCAGCGGCGGCCGCCGACAACCCAAGCAGCAUGGCCAUCUACCAAACCCGAUGGUCAGCAAAGCGGUUGCGUGACAUAGGUAAUUCCAUCCAAGGGAACAAGAGAGAUGUACUAAGCAAGUCUGGCUUUGGGGAUUUGUUGCACAUAUCUCCUGUGCCUCCUCCGCCAGAAGGGCUUAUGGAUUUCGUAGUUAUGAGUAUCGACCCCAAGGAGCGUCUACUCAGGAUUAAUGAUCGCAAGGAAAUACACUUCACAAAAGACAUGGUUAAGAAGAUUUUCAAUGUCCCUUCUGGUAGCAGGCCGCUAGGAUUCGGCAAGAGGGGCAAAUCAGAUUUCCGAAAUGUGUAUUUGGAUGGUGAUAGGUCUCCGAUAGCCACCACAGCAGCUGUUCUAUCAAAAGCGGAUGAUGACGAUGAGGAUACCAUUAGUAGGUCAUGGGUUUUACUCUGCUUAUCAUUGGUCCAGCUCCCGGGACAGGAAACAUGGUGCGUCUUGAUUAUCUCCACACCUUGCGAGACAUGAGUGUUGUCCAUGAAUUAGAAUGGGAUGAGCAUAUUCUGUCCGAUGUGAUGAAGGAAGUUAAAAAGUACCAGGAUAAGAGGUCUGAAGGUAAAGGGAAAUUCCUGAUUGGUGGCUGUCUACCAAUGCUUCCGGUAAUUUACAUGGACCACCUUGACAUUCCAAGAGGAUGCAUAGUUGAUCAUACCAUCGACUACUCACUGCCACGAGCUUGUUUUGUUCAUGAAAUGGACUUCACCGCUGUUGUUGCAGUCGACACACUAGAUGAUGGAUUUGGGAAGCGCCCUUUCAGCUCCAAUACACCGUAUGCAACACCCAAGUUUCUGUCAUAUGUAGAUCAGCUUACCCAAAGAUCAAUACAAGGCAGUGUCACAGAGGAUCUGCCCGAAACAAAUACCCAAGGCGGAGAUGUUGCUUCCGCAACACCCAUUAUGGAUGUGCCGGAGAGCUCGCACACACAAGCCAAUCCACAAGGGGGAGCUGAUGUGGGCUCUCAAGAACCACCUAAGGGUGGUAUGGAGGGUACUGAUGGAAGAGAAGAGACUGUGCACGAGCCACCUCUGGAUAAUAUGGGCGGUGGUGAUGGUGUGUGCGGAUCUUUGGAGGAGUGGCUACACGCAUUGUCUACAUUCUAGGAGUUAGAGCUGCCCCCACAUCUUCGUGACAUAUACAACAAGCACAAAGAGCUACAUGCUACAGAACUUAAUGCCGCGUUGAGCUCAUUUGGGAGGGCGUUGCAGGUCAUGUAUUGCAAACGUAUGGGCCUAAUGUUGUCUGAGGCAGUCGAAGCUGGAUCCAGAAGGGAUGAGGCCAAAGAUGAAGUGGCAGAUGUCACUUUCAGUGUAUCAGGAGCUCCCACAGCAGGCAUGUGCGAUGCCAUCGAAUUGUUUCCGCAGCAGCCUAAGAAACCAGAUGGUGUGCAUGGGACUACAGCAACCGCUACAGCCAAUGCCACCAAAUCUUCUCCGCAGCAGCCUAAGAAACCAGAUGGCGUGCAUGGGACUACAACAACCGCUACAGCCACUGCCACUGAAUCUUCUCCGCAACAGCCUAAGCAACCAAAUGGCGUGCAUGGGACUACAACAACCGCUACAGCUACUGCCACUGAAUUGUUUCCGCAGCAGCCUAAGCAACCAGAAGGCAAAAAGAGUGGGGAUCCAGCAGUUGAAGUGGAUCACACAAACGCUAUCCCAGGAAAGAAGAGAGACCACAUCAAUGGCAGUGUUCAUGGCAAUGUCAAUGUUCAUCGCAAUGCCAAGGGAGAAGAUUCUUGCAGCAAGGUAAACAUUGAACAGAAGUCGCCUCGCAGCCCAAGCUACCCAUUUGUGAAUUUGACAAGGAGGCCAGGGACACUUGAAGACGGGCCUUCAUUUGGCUUAUUUGAACCUAGAAGUGACGACGAUUUACUGUUUCAGGAUCCGCCACAAGUUAGUAAUUCACCUGCACGAUCAUCUGGUCUAUUUGAUGUGGACUCUUUCUUGGAGAUUCGAGCGAGAAGUCCUUUGUUUGAUAGUUCUCCUGGCAGUUCAACUGGUCCAGUUUAUGAUGUGACCCCACUCGCAACAUACCCCCCAUUAUCGACAGGCCCUGCAGAAGCAGGUGUUGAUGAGACAAGAGAGGAGGAGGAGGUGGUUGAAGUCAACAGCGGGCAAAGCCAUGAUGGGAAGAAGCCUACACUUAAGAGAGCUGCACCGGCCGCACCAAGCGCACGCAAGUUGCAGAAGAUGAAGAAGAUAAAAGUUGAUGCAACAGAAGAUGCGAUAUACCAGAGGUACUGCUGUACCAAUUAUCGUAUAAAGGACCCACCCGAAGGCGAGCCUCUCCCUGCAUUUAUCAGGAUAGGUGGUUUCGAUAUUUCCUUCAAACAUUUCAGUAAUGGGCUCAAAAAGCGCGCACAUUUGAACAAUGAGGUGAUGUCACUUUACAUCGAAAGUUUCAACAUUGAGCAGACGUACAACUCAACCAAGCCAAGGAAGUUUGCGUUCUCACCACAUGUUGCUACCAAGCUUUGUGUUGAUCCAAGUUCAUUCAAGACAAGUUCCUGCAUUAGAGAUUUGACCAGGGUCUGCGAGAAGAAUGACAUCGUGAAAUUUGAUCAAUUGUUCUUCACCAUAGUCCAGAGAGACCAUUGGGCAGUUGUUGUUGUCAAUUUCAUGAAAACACAAUUUAAUGUCUCUGACUCCAGGAGCUUAGACCCUGACUACGUCAGCAUCCUUGAGAAGCCUUGCUGCAACCUGAUAACAAACUUCAAAGCACUGGUCACAGAAUUUAACCCAUGGAAGCAAGAUUUUGGCACAUUUCAGAUGUCCAGUCCACCAAGCUACCCGCAGCAGUCAACAUCGUACUAUUUUUAUGUAUAUUAUUCAUUUGUGGUUUUUCGCAACUUUACAUCCUGUUUAGGAAGCAUUUUCAUCUUUUUGUUGUGAUCUCAUGUUUCCUCUCCCUCCUUUUUCCAUGGCAGAUUUGAUUGUGGCAUCUUUGCUAUUCUAUACUUGGAGAAUUUAACUGCCAGGGGAUGAAGCCAUUCAAUACAGUACAACUCGGACUCAUUUAUUUUUAUUUUUCUUCUUUUGCAACCUAUGAAACACUAGUAGUAAAUAAAUUCUAGCAGUCAACUACUAUCAUAUAUUUCUGAAAUUUUAUGUUAUCACCCACCUUUUUUUCAUCCCCUGCUAGUAGUGUCUCACAAUGUGUUUUUUUUGUGUUUUUUUCUCUUGUUGUGUAUGCUCAGAUUCAAACUCAUUGCUCAAUGUCCGGAAGUACAUUGCGGCGAAGCUUUUCAAGCACCCUCAAAACACCCUCAACUCAGAGGACGAGCUUCAAGCUUUGCUGAAAAACUCAUAGAUUGAUGCCAACCGCAACAAGACACAUCUCUAGUAGUUUAGACCUUUUUUUUGCGGUGCAUGUGUGUGCGAAAUGUUUGUAACCGAGCUCUCUAGUAGUCUACGAAACUAAAGUGUUUCGGAAGUAGAAUGUGUCAUGCUGGGGCAUGCCCCCUUUCUCCCUCAUUUUUGUAUGCUGGAGACAUGCUGUUUCACUACUGAUCUGGUGUUUUUGCACACAUAUAUAUAAUGUAGACAUGAUUCCAA